AUGCGCUUCAUAAUCAGCCCGCUCAUAUUCAUUUUAGGCUGUGCUGGUGCCAUAAGCCAUGAUCUCUCUUGCCUGCGAGACCUAAUAUCUUCUUUAUCUCCAUCAUGCAGAGAUUCGAUUUCUAUAAUUGCUUGCCUCCACACCACAGAAACUGCACCAGUUUCUGCAAUUGAGUCAUGCUUCCGCCGUAAUGCCUGCCCUGAUGAAGAUGUUCAUUCAGCGACAAAUCGCUUCAUAAGCAGUUGUCGAACAGAUCCAAAUACAGAUGGCAAAGAAAAUACCGAAUCAAGCACUGCAUCCGUCACUUCGAAUCAAAACACACAUCCCACAACUACUGCGUCACAUUCUCAAGCAACUUUACCAAACGAAAGCACAACACAAUCACUAGGCCAUUAUGAGACGAAUAUUAUGGCGACACGGGCGACCUCAUCCUUCAAGUGCAGUGUAACUAGCAUGAUACCCACAAGUGUAUGUUCGUUUUCUGGUCAGCAUACGCUAGGCUGCACAUCAACUGCUAUAGCAACUGCAUCCUGUGCACCCGAGAAUAUUUGCUUUAAAUCAACCGGCGGAGCCGAUGUCUGUAUGCGGCGUGACGAACGUCUUGGGACAGCAGGUCUCAUAAUUACCAUCGUAUUUCUGUCUGCGAUCUCUAUUAGUAUGACUGGAGUUAUCAUUAUAUACCUGCGAACAAAAUCUUCUAAAUACGAAGAUAACCAGGCUGUCAUUAUGGAGUGUAGUCCUGAUGAGAUUUCAAAGGAAGAAAAUGGGCCCCCAUCCUUAGAUCAUGGCUACGGCCAAAAAGAAAGAGUGAGUAACGAGCCUAGAGCUAUGAAUGGAUUGCCCGCUAGGCCUAGGCAAAGCUACUACAGUGAGAACCCACCAACCCGAGUGUUAUUAGGGCCUAGAACGCCACAAUUCAGAUCUGGUCAUGAAGAAUGGAAUUCAGGAGCCGCACGACGGUUAUAA